GAACCCCAGAAGGCGGGCAAUGGAGCCAGUGACCUUUGAGGAUGUGGCUGUGAACUUCACCCUGGAGGAGUGGGCUCUGCUGGAUCCUUCCCAGAAGAAGCUCUUCAGAGAUGUGAUGCAGGAAACCUUCUGGAACCUGACCAUUAUAGGAAAACAAUGGAAAAAUCAGGCCAUCGAUGAUCACUACAAUUCCAAGGGAAAUCUAAGAAGUCAAGUGUUAGAGAGACUCUGUGAACAGAAAGAAGAUAGUCAAUGUGGAAAAAUCAUCAGCCAGAUCAUAGAUCCUCACAUAAACAAGAGAAGUUCUUCUGGAGUAAAACCUAGUGAACACCAUGUGUGUGGAGAUGUCCUCAUUGCUGAUCCAUCCCUAGCUGUGCCCCUAACAGUUCACACUGGACACAAAGCACAAGAGUAUCUCGAACAUGGAAAGAAGCCAUAUAAAUAUAAGGAACAUGGGAAAGCCUUACAUGAUCCCCAACGUUUUCAGAAGCAUAAAAGAACUCACACAGGAGAGAAACCCCAUGUGUGUAAGCACUGUGGAAAAGCCUUUAGUUCUACCAGCUACAUUAAAAUCCAUGAACGAAUUCACAGUGGAGAGAAACCUUAUGUGUGUAAGCACUGUGGAAAAGCCUUUAGUUCUACCAGCUACAUUAAAAUCCAUGAACGAAUUCACAGUGGAGAGAAACCUUAUAUAUGUAAGCAAUGUGGAAAAUCCUUUACUUUUAUUGGUUCUCUUCGUACGCACAAACAAAUUCACAGUGAAAAGAAACCUUAUGUUUGUAAGCAAUGUGGAAAAGGCUUUAGAACUUUCUUUUUCUUUAAAAUCCAUGAACGAAUUCACAGUGGAGAGAAACCUUAUGUGUGUAAGCAAUGUGGAAAAAGCUUUGGUUCUUCUAGUGACAUGAAAAGACAUGAACAAAUUCACAGUGGCAAGAAACCCCAUGUGUGUAAGCACUGUGGAAAAGCCUUUAGUUCUUCAAGUUACAUUAAAAUCCAUGAACGAAUUCACAGUGGAGAGAAACCUUAUAUAUGUAAACAAUGUGGAAAAUCCUUUACUUUUCUCAGUUCUCUUCAAAUUCACGAACAAAUUCACAGUGGAAAGAAAUCCUAUGUAUGUAAGCAAUGUGGGAAAGGCUUUAGUACUUCCUUUUUCUUUAAAAUCCAUGAACGAAUUCACAGUGGAGAGAAACCCUAUGCAUGUAAGCAGUGUGGAAAAGCCUUUAUUUCUUCCAGGUACCUCAAAAGACAUGAACAAAUUCAUAGUGCAGUGAAGCCCUAUACAUGUAAACAAUGUGGGAAAGCUUUCAGUCGUUCAGAUUCACUCAGAAUACAUGAAAAAAAACAUACUGGAGAAAAGCUGUAUGUAUGUAAACAAUGUGGAAAAGGCUUUAGCACUUCCAGCCGCCUGAAAACACAUGAACAAAUUCACAAUGAAGAGAAACCCUAUACAUGUAAUGAAUGUGGGAAAGCUUUCAGUCAUUCUUAUUUAGUCAAAAGACAUGAAAUAAUGCACACUGGAAAGAAUCCCUAGGUGUGUAAGCAAUAUGGAAAAGG